AUGCACAAACGAAAGCCGCAAAAGCCAGAUGUUUCUUGGCCCAAGCCGUCGAUGGUCUGUGGAAUUGGCGCGGGGAUCGUGAAGUCUCUGAUUAUAAGAGAACAUACACAGACCACCAAAAAUAACAAUUCAGACCGAAUUCUUUUAAUUUCUGAUUCACGAACGACAAACCUCGCCUCGUGCAAUCAAGUGACGAAUUAUGGCGGCGGCGACUUGGAUAUGGAGAUCGACAAUCGGCGACAACAAAGGAUGACGGAAGGUGGCGGUUGGAGCCACGAACCUCCUCUCGCCGCUUGCACCGUCCGCCGCCUCAAGGUGCGGUUUAACUGCAAAAAAUUCCAGCGGGACCUUCGUUCACCUUCGGUAGUGGCACCUUCACUUUUUUUACGGCGGAUGAGUGUGCGUGCGGCGAAAGAGGCGCGUGGAAAAUGGACUGCCGCAUUGUGCGGAAUUGGAUUCGCCCCCAUGCAAAAGUGUUGGAGGUGUGAGCCUUGGCUCGAUUCAUGGGCUCGGGCGCGGCUAGCGAAAGACUACGUGCGCGACCUUGGACGCUGCGUGUGCUAG